UCAAAUGUUUAACACCUCGGUUGUCUUUUAGGCUACAUAAUGUUUGCACGAUUUCUUCCUAACAAUUUAAAGGAACUGACUAGGCAGAUUGUUUAUGUGCCAAAACAUAAGCCACCCGAGCCAAAAGAUGUUGAAAUACUCCGAGAAUUUAUCAGCAGGCAUAAAAAAAUAUUAAUUCUUACUGGAGCGGGUAUUUCUACAGAAUCUGGAAUACCUGAUUAUAGAUCGGAAGAGGUAGGUUUAUACGCUCGCAGUAACCACAAGCCAGUUCAAUACCAGGAAUUUGUGAAGUAUCCAAAAGUGAGGCAGAGAUACUGGGCUAGAAACUUUGUUGGUUGGCCCCGGUUUAGUGGUGUACAACCAAACACUUCACACUUAUCCAUCAAUAAUUUAGAAAAGGCAGGUAAAGUGACAGCAAUUGUGACUCAGAAUGUUGAUCGUCUGCAUCAGAAAGCUGGUUCAAAAUAUGUGAUCGAGCUCCAUGGUUCUGGGUACGUAGUGAAAUGUUUGAGCUGCCCAUAUGAGAUUGAUAGGAAUGACCUGCAGGAGGCGUUAAUGAAAAAUAAUCCAGCCAUGGAGAGCAGUUUCACUAUGAUAAGGCCUGAUGGUGAUGUUGAGUUAUCUAAAGAACAGGUAGAUCAAUUUAGAGCUCCCUUGUGCCCUAAGUGUGAAGGGCCUCUGAAGCCAGACAUUGUUUUCUUUGGAGAUAAUGUCCCAAAGCACAGAGUAGAAGAAGUGAGGAAUCAGGUUUCUAGCAGUGAUGCUGCGUUUGUUGUUGGUUCCAGCUUGACAGUCUAUUCAAGUUAUAGAAUAAUUCUACAGGCUAAGGAAGCUAAAAAAGAAGUAGCUUUAUUAAAUAUAGGCCCUACCAGAGCCGACGAUAUUGUAGACAUCAAAGUAUCUACCAAGUGUGGAGAUAUAUUACCUCAUUUAUGUACAAUAUAAGUUGAUUUUAGUUAGCUAAUUUAUU